AUGGCAGAUGUCUCGGAUCCCAUCAUUCGUGAAACUUAUGACGAAGUAAGAGACGAUAGAAGUGAAGUUAGCUGGUUGAUACUCCAAUACGAAAACGAACGUUCCGACAAGCUAAUCCUCCACGCGAAAGGAUCAGGCGGUCUAGCACAAUUAGCAGAUAAUCUGUCAGAGGAUCAAGCGGCAUUCGCGUACUGUCGCGUCAACGUGUCAAAUGAUGAAUUAUCGGUGAGAACGAAAUUUGUAUUUAUCACUUGGAUAGGAAGCAGAGUGAAAGUUAUGAGGAAGGCGAAACUGUCGGUUCAUGUUAGCGACGUGAAGCGGAUUUUACAGGCUUAUGCUAUCGAAAUAACUGCAUAUGAAAAAUUCGAUUUCAAUGAAUCAGAAGUGCUUACUAAACUGAGGCGAGCAGGAGGCGCGAAUUAUGAUCGAGGAUCUCAUAAUUAUUAA